AUGUUCCUGUCGCUGCCUCCCCCUGCUCCUCACCUCCCCCUGCUCCUCACCUCCCCCUGCUCCUCACCUCCCCCUCGCUCCUCACUCCCCCUGCUCCUCACCUCCCCCCUGCUCCUCACCUCCCCCUGCUCCUCACCUCCCCCUGCUCCUCACGCCGCCCACCUCCUCACCUCCCCCUGCUCUCACCUCCCCCUGCUCCUCACCUCCCUGAUCUCCUCACCUCCCCCUGCUCCUCACCUCCCCCUCCUCCCCUCCCCUCCUCACCUCCCCUCUGCUCCUCCCCCCCCUCCUCACCUCCCCUGCUCCUCACCUCCCCCUGCUCCUCCCCUCCCCCUGCUCCUCCCCUCCCCCUGCUCCUCCCCUCCCCCUGCUCCUCACCUCCCCCUGCUCCUCCCCUCCCCUGCUCCUCACCUCCCCCUGCUCCUCACCUCCCCCUGCUCCUCACCUCCCCCUGCUCCUCACCUCCCCCUGCUCCUCACCUCCCCUGCUCCUCACCUCCCCCUGCUCCUCACCUCCCCCUGCUCCUCACCUCCCCCUGCUCCUCACCUCCCCUGCUCCUCACCCCCCUCCUCACCUCCCCUGCUCCUCACCUCCCCUGCUCCUCACCUCCCCUGCUCCUCACCUCCCCUGCUCCUCACCUCCCCCUCCUCCCCUCCCCCUGCUCCUCACCUCCCCCUGCUCCUCACCUCCCCCCCCUCACCUCCCCCUGCUCCUCACCUCCCCCUGCUCCUCCCCUCCCCCUGCUCCUCCCCUCCCCCUGCUCCUCCCUCCCCCUGCUACUCACCUCCCCCUGCUCCUCACCUCCUCCUGCUCCUCACCUCCCCCUGCUCCUCACCUCCCCUCCUCCCCUCCCCUGCUCCUCACCUCCCCCUGCUCCUCACCUCCCCCUGCUCCUCACCUCCCCCUGCUCCUCACCUCCCCCUCCUCACCUCCCCCUGCUCCUCACCUCCCCCUGCUCCUCCCCUCCCCCUGCUCCUCAGCUCCCCCUGCUCCUCACCUCCUCCUGCUCCUCACCUCCCCCUCCUCCCCUCCCCCUGCUCCUCCCCCUCCCCUGCUCCUCACCUCCCCCUGCUCCUCAGCUCCCCCUGCUCCUCACCUCCUCCUGCUCCUCACCUCCCCCUCCUCCCCUCCCCCUGCUCCUCCACCUCCCCCUGCUCCUCCCCUCCCCUGCUCCUCACCUCCUCCUGCUCCUCACCUCCCCCUCCUCCCCUCCUCCCCUCCCCUCCUCCCCUCCCCCUGCUCCUCCCCUCCCCCUGCUCCUCACCUCCCCCUGCUCCUCACCUCCCCCUGCUCCUCACCUCCCCCUGCUCCUCACCUCCCCCCCCCUGCUCCUCACCUCCCCCUGCUCCUCACCUCCCCCUGCUCCUCAUAUUCAUUUGA